UUUGUGAUUAAACUGACAAACUCCUUUCGUUUCUAAUGUUGGCAAAAGGUGUCAUUUAAGCCACACAAUGCACCAUCUGCACCAAGCCGACGCCAACCAUGGCCACGAAAAUGAGAGCACUCCCUUCCUCGCUUCUGCUGCCUCAGCCCAGCAGCAGCAGCAGCCAGCGUCCUCACGCUCUCCUUCACGUUCGCCUCGUUUAGACUACCGCUCUGUCAACAGAUCAUACUCACCCUUGAAGCAAAUCGAUAGCCAUUGCAACAACGACAACUCCUCCAAUAACAAUAGGAACAAGGGCAAGAGUAAAAAGAAUACAAAAUCUCCCUUUGACUCUGAUUCUGACUCUGACCAAGACGGCGACCAUCCAGGAGGUCUGGCGUCAUCUGCUUCCUCCAUUUCCUCGCUCUUGCCUGACGACCAAGAGAACUCUCCCAUAUCUCCUUCUACAAGCCCCCUGACUCAACGCCGUCGUGGUCAUCGCCUUCAUUAUCUCCAGAUGUUGCUUGCAAUUGCUGCUCAGCUUGGACUCUUGAUCUUCUUUGGAACUUUGGCAGGUGUCACCGCUAAAGCACCAUGGGUCUAUCCAUACUCAUGGCAUCCUAUCUGUAUGGGCCUUUAUGGCUUCGUUGCCACCGAAGGUAAAUAUAAAAAACCCUUGCAUGAAUGGACUAUUUUCUCUGAAUAUCAUCUCCUCCAAUUCGUUUCCCAUUGUUCACAUUCAAAUGUUUGAUUGAUUACAUGACCUCAUCUGUCUUUUACUGUCUU